AUGGCCGAACAAAGCAACGGCAGCACCACAAACGGCGUCAAUGCCCCUCCCACGACCAAGACGAAACGCAGCAGAGUGCAAUUUUCUUGCACAGCAUGCCGUUAUCGCAAAUUGAAAUGUGACCGCACCUAUCCAUGCGACCGAUGUACUCGGCGUGGAGAUGCAGCUUCCUGCACCUAUGUAGGGCAUGGUCCACGCACUCGAGCAAACCAUCUAUCAUCGGGAUCCAAUCCAUCUCACAUUCAGGAUCGGAUCCAGCAUCUGGAGAAUCUCAUUCUCUCAUUUGCGCAGAAACGAAGGCAGGAAGACGAGAGCCGGGACGAUACCACUGCUAGUUCCGCUGCCACUCACAGCGCUCGAGAUGCAGUAGCACUGGCAACGGAGCAAAGCACGGCGCUGGAGGAUGAUCCAGGAAAGCUCGUCAACAAUGAGCAGGCAGGUACCACUCAGAUUGAUGAGCAUGAUUUACUUAACGAUGAUUCCACGGACGAAAUGGUUAAGUUAGAGCACGAAGCAAAUCGACCAACGCUGCUGUUCCAUGGAGGCCGUGUACCAACCAAGCAAGAGCUAAUUGCAGAGCUCCCUGAUAGAUCGACAGUAGAUAGGCUUAUGGGUCGUCUUCUGAACUCGGAAGAUCCGACGCUCGACCCAGCCCAGGUAUCACUACCAUGGCUUGGCUUUUUAUAUGCAUGCAUGGCCAUGGCUGUGGGCAUGUUUCGGCGUAGCCUAGAACAACCGCCUGCCCCCUUGGGCAAUGCAGCUGUUGAAAUCAGCCGGCUUGAAAGAAACUGCUGUUAUUGCCUCAUCAACUCCAAUUACCUGACAGUUGGAAAAUACAAAGUUGAAGCGCUAUUGAUAUACGCAACCAUCGAGUUUACAAAACGAGGCAACUCGGCUAUGAGUGUAUCAAUUAUUCUAGGCAUUACCAUUAAACUUGCUAUGCGUAUGGGCUACCAUCGUGACGCCAAACACUAUGAUAACAUAUCAGCUCUCGAAGGAGAGAUGCGUCGACGCGUUUGGGCAACGAUCUGCCAACUGGAUACUUUAACAGCUUUCCAAGCGGGCAUACCGAGGCAAACACAGACCUGGCAAAGCGACACCGAGCUUCCGCGCAACAUCUCUGAUGAAGAGUUUGACGAAAACUCCAUUGAACUGCCGCCAUCCAAGCCUGACUCCAUUCGGACACAGACGACCUAUCUAAGAUCUAAAUCCCGUGUUAUGUCUGCCUUUGGCCAGAUCUGCGAUUUGGCCUACUCUCGUCACCCGAUAAUAUACGAAACGAUUCUCGAACUCGACCGCAAGCUAGAAGAAGCACAUGAAUUGAUCGCGCCGCCUCUUCGUAUGCGACCCUUGAAUCAAUCCGUCACCGAUCAUUCUGGCCUGAUCAUGAAACGCUAUACACUCGAAGUGCUAUACCAAAAGGCCCGUAUUGUACUCCACAGAAAAUAUCUCGUCGAGGCUCGUUACAACCCUCUUCUUAGCUACUCGCGGUCCGUAUGCGUCAAAGCCGCCAAGGCGAUCCUUCGCCAGCAAUACGACCUGUUCUACGAAUCGCAAGUAGGCGGCCGACUUGAAAGAGACAAUUGGUUUUUCAGAUCGCUGCAGAACCACGACUUCGUCCUGGCUGCCAUGGUUAUUUGUCUUGAACUAUUCAAAUACAACGAAACAGUCAGUACCGCUGAGGAUGUAGGGCCGCAGCCACGACAGCCCCAAUCACAACAAGAGCCCCCAUCCACUGCGGCCGAUGAAAGAAAUAACUUGAUCGAAACAUUGCGGAAAUCUCGCGAGAUAUGGAAGGCAAACCUUAUGCAUUCGAUGGAGGCACGAAAGGCAUUUUCUGCGUUGACAUUCAUGUUGAAGAAGGCGGAGUUGGAUGACGAGGCGAGGAAAAGCAAUAGCCAAAGUCCAGUGCAGCCGAACGCGCAAUCGUCGCUGCUACCAAACUCGAAUUCGACUCCAAAUGCUUCGCCAGACGUGCUGCGAACAGCGGGUUCGCCUUCAGAUGAUAUUACAAUAGGGGAGAGUGCGUUAAGUCGUAGGUUUGGGGGUAUAAAUGGUCAAGCAUUGAUAGCAUAUUUGGACAAUUUCCUAUCUCCCAGCAAUCUUCCCACGCCACCCAAGUCCAACAGCACUGGAAACAAUACCCUGGGGACUGCAGGCACACCAAGCGCACAAACAGGCAUUACAAAUAAUAAUACCAUCAACAAUAACAUCCAACAACAGCCCAGACACGCAUCAAUCCCAGCUCUCGAUGCCUUCCAGCAACAAUACCCCAGCAACCAAUCCUCACUAGUCGAUUUCGACAUGAUACAAAACAUGCUCGACACUCCCCAAAACCUGGACUGGCAACUCUGGGACGGCCAAAUGCAAGACGACGACCCGGGAUUUAUGAAUGAAUUCUGGAACCCAGCAGGCAUAAUUCCAUCCGCUGGCACGAUGGAAGUAGAUGGUCAGAACAACGCCAGUAGUAAUGGCAGCAACAACACCAACGCAAACACCAACGACGGGAAUAGAAAUGGAAGUGGAAACCAAAACGGCGAUAACUGGACGUCAACUAACUUGGUUGGUUUGUAUAUUGCACCAGGGUAUCGUGGGUGA